AUGGCUUCUAUUGAUGAUGAAAGUGGUUCGUCUAGUAAGAAAACAGUUGGUAAACGUGGUGUGACCCGAUUGCAAAAAAUUCACAAAGCCAAAAGCAAUGGAAAGAGAAUUGAGGUUCAAUGGAAUUCCAGAGGUCAACCAAUCAAGCAUAAUAACAAGACUUUUGCUAGUUUCAUUGGUGUCACAGUUCGUCGGUUAGUUCCAAUAAGCUUGGACAAUUGGAGCGCGAAAAAAAAUAAAGAGGCUGUGGGGGUUUAUAAACAAAACAUUUGGGAUGAAAUUGAAAAAGCUUUUAUAAUUGGCGAGGAACAUCGUGCCUUUGUAUAUAGAGAAGCUGGAAAGUUGCACAGGGCAUUCAGAACAAAAAUGGCGAGGUCAUAUCUAAAAGAUAGUAAGGGUGGUUUUGUUAAACAUCGUCCGGCCAAAUAUUCUUUUUGUAUAAAACAAGAUGAUUGGGAUAAAUUUGUAGCCCAACAUAUGACUGCAAAGUUUCAGAAAGUUAGUGAUGAGAAUCGAGAAAGAGCGUUAAAUCCUCAACAUCCCUAUAGAAAGUCACGUUUAGGGUGUGCUCGUCUUGAAGCUGAUAUGGUAGAAGAGUCAGAAGUUGGUGAGAUAAACCGUAGUCAAGUGUGGAAGGCUGCCCGCGUCAAUAAGAGCGGGGUGAUUGAUAAUGAGAAUGUUCAAAGAGUUGUGGAUCAAUGUGAGAAGUUAACAGAAGCUCUAUCUGAAGAAGAGAGACAAGACCUUGGUCCCACAAACAUAUUAUUUGAGGCUCUUAAUCUCCCAAACUACUCUGGACGUGUUAGGACUUAUGGUUUUGGGGUAUGUUCUAGGGACAUAUUACCACGCCAAAAUCGCCCCACACAAAUGGAUUUUGAAAAAUUGUAUGGCUUUUGUAAUUCACUCAAAAGUAGAUUGGAGGUGCUAGAGAGAGAAAAGAUUGAGAGAGAUAAGUUGGAUAGAGAGAAGCUAGAGAGGCAACAAACUGAAGAAGUGGAAGAAAGGCAACAACCUAAACAAGUGUCAGAGAGGUUGCAACAACCUGAAAAAGUGGCACAGAGGCAACACCUUGAACAAGUGGUAGAAAGGAAACAACCAGAAAAAGUAGCUGAGAGUCGACUACCUAGUGAUAAAGGUUCUUGCAACCCUGGAUCAUUUGGCAACAUUCCCGAGGGUCUCUUUCCUGUUAAUAUAUAUUUAUCCUCCCCGAGUCGUUGUUUGGUUGCUCGUGGAAAACUAUAUAACACCAAAGGUAACACGGUACAUGGCAUGACGUUACCACCUGGAUAUGUCAAGGUUAAUAUCGAAGUUGCUAUUGUGCCAAAUGCCCCAUUGCCUAUAUCUGUUGAAGAUGGAGAUGUAUCCAUGGUUGGUCAAGCAAUAGGAACAAUUGUGCCAUGGCCAACGAAACUUCUUGAAUUUGUUGCUGAAUGUGAAAAGAUUCCUGGUCAAUCCCAAAACAAAGGUAACAAUAUUCAACACAGUGUUGAAUAUUCAGUUUCAUCACCCAACAAAAGUAACAAAAAAUUCAAAAUCGAAGAGUCUCCUAGAGUUGGCGGUUCAGCUGGUAUUGCAAAUUUACCUUUCCUUGAUAUGAGAUUUCUUGAUCACAAUUGGUUAAGUGCAUCUAUUAUCACUGUAUUUUGCAGGUAUUUGUAUGACAAGUUUAUUAGUCCAAAUGGAUUAAUAAAUAAGUUCUCUUUCAUAUCUCCACAUGUAUCACGGGAGGAUAAUCUAGGAAAUGGUAUAGAAAAAAUACUUUUGAAAGAUGAGGAGUUCAAAGAUAAGAUGAUUCUUGCACCUUGUAAUCUAGGGAAACAUUGGGUGUUGCUUGUCAUCAAUCUCAAUGCUGAGGUGAUAUAUUACAUGGAUCCGUUGAAUGGUGAGCCAACAAAACAUCAAAAUUUUAAAACAAAGUUUGAGAACGCUUUGCAAAUUUAUCGUGCUAAUAGUAGUUCUAAAGUGCCUAAAGUGUCAAAGUCAAAGAAAAUUUCAUGGCAAAAAAUAAAGUGUCCUCGUCAAAUUAAUGGCGUUGAUUGUGGAUACUUUGUAAUGCGAUUUAUGAAAGAGGUCAUCAUGGAAAAUGAAUUUAUGAUCCCCACAAAUUACUUUUUUGACCACAAAUGUCGUACCUACUCUCAUGAUAAGUUAACUGAGGUUAAGGAGGACUGGGCUACUUAUGUGGUGGAUGAUGUUUUCGGAAAACAAGAAGCAAUUAUUUUGCCUAAUUAG